CGCGGACAGACUGAGGGACUGCAGACGGCAACGCCAUGGACCUGGUCAUCACACAGGAGCUGGCCCGAGCGGAGAGCCACGAAGAUGCCCAUGCUCUGAAGCGAGCCUACGAACUCAUCAAGUCCGCCAACCUGGGGAAGUCCGAGUUCGAUCCCUCAGAAAGCUUCAGUCCUGACUUGUUUGUACUCUGCGCUGAACAGGCGCUCAAGAUGGGACAGCCAGAGAUGAGCGAGGACUGCAUCCAGAUGUACUUCAAGGUGAAGGGACCGGUCACCCAGUUUCUGGGCCGGGCGCACCUGUGCAGGGCCCAGCUGUGUGCCCCGAAGACUUCGGACAACCUGGAAGAAUUUGAACACUGUGUGACUCAGUACAUGAAGGCUAUAAACUUUGCAAAAGGAGAGCCAAGGUACUACUUCCUAGUGUACAACGCCUCGGUACUCUACUGGCACAUGGUGAGGCCAUUUCUCAAACCCGGCUACCACCACCUGGUGAUCCCCAGCCUCUCUCAGAUCGUCAGUGUGCUAAAUCAGACUGAGGACGAAGACAAGGAGUGGCAGGCCGAGCUGAUGCUGGAACUUCUCGAGUGCUACCUGCAGGCUGGAAAAAGGGAAGAGGCUGCCAAGUUCUGCUGCACUGCAGCACCAUUCAUAAAGGCUCACGUGCCACAGAAGUGCCGGCAGAUAUUCUCAGUCAUGGUUCAGCAUGAAUUAAUGGAUGAGCAUCAGUUAAAGGAACAAAAGAAAAAUUCCAUUAGCCUGUCAGUCUCUUUCCACAUUAAUGCACUAAAAGCAAAAUUGAACAGAAAUGAUUUGCCAGAAGAUGUCAACCAAAUUCUGGAGAAAACCUAUAAGCAUUUAGGUCAUUAUAAUCACCAGCGCUUUCCUUCAAUCAGAGAAGAAAAAAUCCUCUUACUUUUUGAAUUAGCUCACCUUUCUCUGAAUUUGAAAUGCCAGGCCAUAGCCUCCAACUGCCUGUCAGACCUGAAGAAGAUGGCAGCAAAAGAUCCCGGGAAUCUGAUUGAAAUUGAAUGUCUGGAGUGUGAAUUAGAAGUUGCAGGACUCGAAAAUAAGGUGAAACUCUACCUCCGAGGAGCUGUAGAGGCCCAGCUGGACAUCAUAAAGAGACUGGACAUGGCACUGCAGCGUGCCAUCCGCCUGGGUGACCCACAGGUCAUCCAGGUGGUGUGCACAGCCCAGUGGAACACCUGCCUGCCUCUCCUGCAGCACAGCCUGCGGAGCCACCUGCGCAAGCCGCUGACCAACAUCGCAGAGGUCCUGGAGAAGGUGGACAGCCUCAUGACCAUGCUUCGCUGCCAAGUGCACAUGGAAAUGGCAUGCAUUGAGGAGGAUGAAGACCGGCUGGAGCCUGCCAUGGAGCACCUGCAGAAGGCCAUGAGCCUAGACAGCCUGGGCCUCUACCAGGACAAACUCAGAACAGCUUUGAACCGGCUACACCUGUGCACCAUGCUGUACCAGUCUCCAGAGCGUGCAGAAGACAAGGCCAUCAUGGCCAUUGAACAGGCAAAAAAAGUUAUGCCAAAAGACAGUGUCAGGAAGAAGCGGGCCCUCCUGGUGAACGCAGGCCUGGCUCUUGCCCCGGACACCUUCCAGAUCGUGCUAGACAGUGAGAAUGAGGCCAAAGUUUCCAUCGGGAAGAACAGGGGCCGCUUCAGCUACCUGUUCGCCAAGGCCCGACAUCACAUGUUCAGCGUGGACAAGGCUGCUGGGCACUUGCAGCGUCUAGGACAUGAGAACGACCAAGAGAGAAUCCAGAUUUGGGCAGAGCUGGCCAAGGUUGCCCGGAAGCAAGGGGUAUGGGACGUGUGUCGGGCUGCAAGCCGCUUCUGCCUCCUGUAUGACAUCAAGACAAAGAAGCCAGCAAGGCUGAAGCGAGGAAAGAAGAAGAGGGGUGCAGAAGGCUCAGUGCAUGAGACCCGGAGCCAGUCCCACCUGGCCCUGCAGAAGCAGACAUCCCCCUACCUGCUGCGGAAGUUCGCAGAGGUGGGCUUCAUCAGCGCUGAGGCCACUGUCCACCUGCUGCACUCAGAGGGCGUGGAGCUGAAUGACCAGGCCAUCCCCCCUGAAGACUUGAGCCAGCACCCCGCUGGCUACGUGCCUGAGCCCCUGGAGGCAAACACAGAGUGGAUCACAUACAGAACAUGGAUAGAAAAUCUGUCACACUAUGCCAUGAAUAACUGGUUACGCUCUGCGGAAAUCGGACAGGAGAUAGGCGAAGCCUGGAUUGUACAGAACGCUGUGGUGUACGUCCUGAAUCACAACCACCACCUCAUCACAUCUGGGAGGCAGAAGGAGCUGGUGGACAGCCUGCAUCACCUGCUGAACAUCAUCAAGGCCAUGGGCCCCCAUGGGAACCCAGUCAUGUUAGCCAUGCUCUGCAAUGCCUUAGCUCGAGGCCUCAUCAUCAGCUGGAUUCCCGCCCAGACGUACGAAAAGUCAAAAAAAGUUAUGAGACUGAAUAUGUUUCAAGUUCCACUGGACUCAGGAGCUACCUCUGAGAUUAGGACAGCCCUGGAGGUCUGCGAGUUUGCGCUGAAUCUGACCAACGGAAACAUGCCAGAGGAGGUGGUUCCUGUCAGCGUGCGGCAGCAGCUCAUCGCCACCUGGGUGAAGGCCAAGCAGCUGCUACAGCUGCAGAUCGGGCACCGGCUGGGAACAGAGGAGCAGGGCACCAACGAGAACAUCAACUCUGUGACCAGAGUCCUGGUCGCUCUCGAGAUGUACUCAUGCAAUGGCCUGGGCCUCAUGGAUUUCACUGUGCCCUCCCUGGCCCAGCUGAUGAAAAUGGCCUCUGAGUGCAGCUGGUCAGACCCUCUGGUGGAGCUGCAGACCCUGACACGGCUGGCCCACUUCGCCCACGCUGCCCGCGACCAUGAAAUCACCAUGGCCUCCUCCCAGCAGGCCACACAGAUGGGCAUCAAGUACCUGAGGACACUGGGCCCGGUGGAGGCCCAGCUGGUGGCAGAAAUGUUGUGCACUGCGUCAUGCAUCAAGGGCCGGAGCAUCAUGGAGAACUUGAAGGGCAAGAAGCAGCUGCGGCUGGCAGCGGCCAAGGCCUUCCUGGAGAGCGCCAGGUUCGGAGGCCUAGCAGGCAGCGGCGCGCUAGUGAUGCUAGCCACACGGCGCUACUGGAACACCUGGCUCCCGCUCCUGUCCUCAGCAAGCAGCAGGAAGAAGGCCAAGGGCGCCGUCCAGAAGAUCAUCAGGAUUAUCAACAAGACGGAGGCCAAGAAGGAGGAGAAAGGGCAGACACUGCUGCUGCACCAGUGGCCCACAGCAGACCUGCAGAUUGGUGGGACGGCGGCUGAAGGCCAUUUCCUUCCAGGCACCGAGGACGACCUCACACUCCGUGUUGCACUCUACGGACUGCUCUUCCAUAUCCACGCUGACCAGGACAACUGGGAGGCUGGCCUCAAGGUGCUGGACGAGGCUGUGCAGGUGCUGCCCCGAACUGCCCAUCGCCUCUUGAUUUUCAAACAUAUGAUCAUUGUGAAGGCCAAACUUGGCCAGAAUUUUACCAUGGAGAUCCAAAAGUUCAAGGAUGAAAGUGAAGACUAUUUGGCACACAUGUGGCACCGCCUGGCCCUGAACUCCAAGAAUGUUCAUGGAGAGCUGACGUGUUAUCACAACGCAAUCCAAGCACUGCAGAAACCAGAGAGUGAGUGGCAAAAGGUUGACUACAUCAUGGAGUUCAGUGAGUGGCUGUACCACAAGCAGUUUCCUCUUGAAGAUGUGGUCGCCCAGCUCACAUGGGCCAUUGAGAUCCUGCUGGCCAUGAAACCCUCGGGCGAUGUCCCCAAGGUGGAACCUGCACCAGAAGGGCAGUCCUCACCUGAUCAGAUACCUGUGGAAAUUCCCGUGACCCCGGACAUGGACACGUUCUCCUUGGAGCAGUUACAAAACGUGAAACAGUUGGAAACCCUGGCCCGAGCCCACAUCCUGCGUGCCCUGGUGGUGUCUCCCAGCUCCUCCACCUACGAGGACGACUGCCUCAUAGCGUACUCUCUUCUCAAGCGCAUCUGGCAGGUUUCUUUGUUAACAGGAGGAAAAUCCAUUUCAGAAAAGCUUCUAGCGGCAUCCAGUUCACAGCUGUCAUUGUUGAAGAAAGAGAAGGAGAAAACUAAAGAAAAGGAGAAAGAAAAAGAAAAGGAGAAGACAAAGGAUAAGGAUGAGAAGCUGAAGGAAAAGGAGAAAGGGAAGGAAAAAGGGAAAGAGGAGAAGUCUCAGACCCCAGGGUCCACCAAACAGCUUGAAGAAUUACCAACCAGCAUAGAAGAAUGGGCCUCCUACUCCUGCCCUGAGGAGCUGCUGUCUAUAUUCAAGCAAGACAAAAGUGACUUCAUGGUGAACUCUGCCAGCAUCCAGAAGCCAACAUGCAGCCUGUACUACCUGGACCACUUGGUCAAGGCCCUGCAGAAGCUGUCACUUCCUGAGCUCACCAUCCCAGUCCUGCAGCUGGGUGUGCUCAUCGCCAGCUCUGUGGUAGAGAGCAAAACCCUGGAAGAUCUCUAUCACCUUCGACUCGCCCGGGUGUGUUCUGAUCUGAGGCUGCGCGAUGCAGCCACUCACCACGAAGAGGUGGUUGGCACAACGUACAUCGGGGACAUGGAGCAAGCCAGCUGCAGGAAAGAGAUUGCACUGAAACAGGAGAAAAACAAAGAGCCCAUAUUAGAAGACAGCUUUCCAGCGCUAACUGAACAGCUGACUCCUUCGCACCCAGCGGAGGUGAAGCCGCUUACAGCCCAAGACAAGCUUUUGAAGAUAGAUGGAGAGACCGGGAAGGGCCUAGACGGCACAUCCUAUCCCCAGUUGUGGAUGCUCAAGGCAGAGGUCCUGCUGGAGAUGGACCUGUACCAGCCAGCACGGCUGCUCCUGUCAGAGGCGUGCCUGGCUUUUCAGGAGCUCGAUGAUCCCUGUGCAGAAUCACAGUGCCUGUUCCUUCUAGCACAGUUGGCCAACAAGGAAAACAACCAUGGCCAAGCUAAGAAAAUGAUCGAGAAAGCCCAGACACUGGGUGGAAAUGAGGAGUUUUGGUACAAUUCAACCCUGACUUUGGCAGAUGCCAUCUUGUCUACAGAAGAUGAGGGAAGAAAGGUGGUUUGCUGUCUAUUUAAAAAACUCAUAGCUACCUUCAAAGUCCUCCAGAAAGAAAGGCCUAACCGAAUGCCCGUGCUGGAGUUCAUCACCACAGAUCUGGAAGCCAGGUGUGUGAGCAUUCAGAUCCAACUCAUCCGGGACUCAGCCGACAGCGAAUUCCCUGAGUGCUUAGCGUUGCUGAAAGAGUUGGACAGAUGCCUUCUGGACACUGAGGAAACAUUUAUCAGCUGUGGCUACAAGGAACACUGUGUGGAUAUAAAGCUAGAGCGCGCAAAGAUAAAGAGGUUAUGUAGCAAAAUCGAGAAAGAAGGGGAACAAAAUAUUGCAUAUCGCUUGGAAGAAUAUGACUUGGUCCAGAAAGCUGCAGCUGAGGAAGAAGAGAUAUUCCACAGGACUCAAGGGUUGCUAGCCUUUCAAGAUCAAUGGCUCACGCUGAAGCGGACCCUGGCGCACACGGCACUGGCGCAGCUGGGGAGCGUGCAGCCACUGUGUGCGGGCUGCGUGGAGAUCCGUGCUCGGCUCCUGGGCCUGGCUGGAAGGGCCCUCCACCUGCUAGCCCUGCAGGUGGACCCCCUGCCCCCUUCCUUCCACUGGGAAGAGGGCGUCUCGGUGGACACCAAGCUGAGCAGCCUCCAGUCUCUAAACCCGGAAGCAGAGGACAGGGCUGUCAAGGCCACCACCAGGGAUCUGCUGGCCUCUCGUGAAGCUUCUGAGGAACACAACAGGAAGGGUGAGAGUCUGAAGAAGAAGAUGGUGCUGGCCCAGAGGUACCUGGCCCAGGCGUCUGAGGUACUGCUGCAGUGCCUGCAGGUCGCCCUGGCCAGCGGCCUUCUCGACAUCGUGGCAGCUGCCAGCCUGGAGAUGGUCGAGUGCAUCGGUACCCUGGAUCCCGUGGCCACAUGUCAGUUCCUGGCACUAUCUCAGAGCUGCUCAGCCACAGAGAUGAUGCGGGACAUCCUGCUCACAGCCACGGCCAACACCAGCAGCUCACAGCUGGCAGCCCUGCUGCAACUCCAGCAUCAGCUGAAGCUGCGGAACAAGAUGUCCACCAGCCUGUUCGCCAGCGUGGAACACAGGCUGGCUGCCAUCUCCAAGGCCUGGCAGAACCUCUGUGUCACUGAGCAGCACUUCAACAUCCUGAAUGAGAUUCCUCCCACAUUCCGGGUCAUCUUUCUACACUACUCACGGGACAGGUCCCAGCUAUAUGGCGCUGCCUAUGAGAAACCAAAGUCUCUGCCUACAGUCAAAGGGAAAGCACCACAAGCGGGAGGCCAUUGCAAAGUGAUGCGGGUGGCUGUGAGCCCAGCUGCCUUGUCAGACCUGCUGGCCGGGGCACAGGAGUUCUGGGAGCAGACACAGGCCCAGGUGUACCAGGAGGACAUGGACACGCCUCCAAGCACUGAUUCGGACUCCGUGCCCACCAAAGAGAAAGGGCCCUGCCAGCGGAGGCUCAGCGGCGUCCUGGCGCCCAUGGAGGAGUACCUGAAGCCCAUCCUCCCCCUGCUGCGCUCCGCUGGAGUCAGAUUGCAGACGUCCAUGGUUAUGGCUGACCCCGGGAGGGCAAAGGGCAAAGAAAAAGAAAGGAAAGCAUCCAUCCCGACAGUUCACCCUGACACUGAGGACAGCGUGAUCCUGAUUGUAGACAGGCACCUCCUGGAGCUGCCCCUGGAAGGCCUCUCUGUGUUCCAUGAGGGCGCCAUCGCCUCCGUAUCACGAGAAUUUUCUCUCCAGAUGCUGUGGAAUCGCCUCCAUAAAGAAGAGCUGGAAGGAACUGUGAAAAAGGAGGGCAAAGGCAAAGAUGUCAAAAAGAAAAGCAUGGCAAAGAAGGGCAUGAAGGGCUCCACCAUCCGGAUAAUCCCGUCUGACUGCAUCAUUGUCGACUCCGACAGUUUCAAGUUUAUUGUGGAUCCAUUCGAGGAGGCACAGGGCACAGAAGUGCUGACUCCUGUCUCCAUAAUGCGGGAAAUUUUGGAAAGAUUCCGAGAAAGCUUCACUGCGCGAUGGGUGGGGCAUCUGGGAAGCCAGCAUUUCCCAAGCCAGGCUGAGUGGGAGCAGGCGCUGGGCAGCUGCAAAGGCUUCUUCUUCUACGGAAUGGAGAGCUUCCUGUCACACAUAUUAGUGGACAGACUGGUCGCCAUGAAUCUGCAAGAGUGCCAGAUGAUGGUCCUGCUCGACCUGAUGCGGUCCUACGAGAGCCUGCGGCGGCAGUUGAAAACCCCAGAGAGCAAAAGCUUAUUGCAGCAGUCCUUGAAGGAGCCCAUUAAGACGGCCAUCUUCCUGAGCCUGGUGGGGGUCCAGAGCAUCGCAGCCAACCAGUGGCCCACGCGAAUGCAGGACAAUGCUCUGCGUGCCAGCAUCCUGUGGGAAAAUCUAUUAGCAGUCGGCAAGCCAAUUGGGAGGACAGUCCGUCUCCUCCAAAAGAUGGGAAACAAUGACAUGCUUAGCCAAGAUGAGAUACCGCAAACUUCCAAGAGCAAGCUGGCGUUCUUCCAGCCCCAGCCCCGAGGCGAGGAGACCCUCCUCCCCCUUGCCCUCAACUUGGUCCUGUAUGGACUGCCACACCAAGCCAUUGGAUGACAGCUGCCUGGCCUUGAUUCUGGACUGCGGCAAGUGUCAGCGUUUUCCUCCAGGGCCAUCAUCAUUGCCGUGCCCCUCUGAGUGCCCCCUUCCCUGGGCUCUCCUCUUCCUCAUCCUGGGACAUUCCCGCCCUGGGCCCACCCCAACCCUGUCCCCACCACCCAGGCCUGACCCAGGGCACACCACCUGCUCCUACUUGGCUUCUAAAAACUGUCAGACUACAAAUUUGUGUUGGGCUUAGGUGUUUAAGUAAACAGUAAAAACAAACCUGCCAUGUGGUUUCUGGGACCCCCAGCACCUGUGAUGGAAGUCCUGACCUCCAAGGCUCAGCCCCACAGCGAGGCCCCUGAUCUCCUGCCACCACCUUGGCCACAAACACCAGUACUUCCUGGCACUGUCAGAACAGAAAGGAGGAUGCUCCGUGUGCAAAAGGGGUUUUCCAGCCUGGGAUAGAAGAGGGCUCACACCCCAUCGAGUGGCUGCCCACACAGCGCAGGGCCAGGGCUCCGUCAGGGAGCUUCUCAGAGCAAGGCAGCCUCCCGGCACGGGGUGAGUGUGCCAGCAAGCAACUCCAGGCAACACUUUUCUAUCGUAAAAACACGUACAUGUCAGCUCUGUAGUCUGCUGUUAUGACAGCU